AAAAGUUUGGCAAAGUGUCUUUGCGUUCAAGACGAGGCUGGAAAGGGGGGGCGGCUCGCCUCGUCCCCCUCGGCCUGGAUUACAAUGCCAGGGUGCCAGGAGGCGACCGGAGAGAGGGGGCUGCCCGGAUCUUCGGGGCACGAGUACUGAAGACGCCCCUGGCCGCUUACCACCGCCCACCCCAAGCCACCAUGAAUGCCCCCUGCAACGCCCUUCAGCUUCUCCUGGCAACAACCUUGCAGAUCCUGUAUUGCGCCGCCACGGUGAUGCGUCCUGAGGCUGACGCGACCCACCCAUCCGGGGAAGUGAUCCGGUGGAUGGACGUGUAUAACCGCAGCUUUUGCCAGCCCAAGGAGACACUGGUGCCCGUGAGUGCCGAGCACCCCGGGGAGGUGGAGCACAUCCUGGUGCCCUCCUGCGUGCCCUUGCGCCGUUGCGUCGGCUGCUGCUCGGAUGAGGAGUUGCAGUGCGUGCCUGUCCAGAUGCACGUGGUGAUCAUGGAGGUGAUGAAGACCCGAUUCCCACGCAGCCACCUAGGUCAGAUGUCUUUUGUGGAGCACAGCGCAUGUGAAUGCAGGUGA